AUUUUUUCUGUCGUCUUUGAAUGCAUCCUGCGUCACGCAAAUGGCGGACGUUGUAAACAGAGACCCAGUUUUGAGGAGGCCUGUGUCCAAACAUUUUCAACGAUGAGCAACGUCGAGUGUGAGCGCCCGGACAGCUUGGACGGAUGGGUGGCGAUAAAAAGUAACAUCUUCGAAGAACCGGAGGUGUUUAAGUUGGGUUUUAUCGUCCAAUGGAACGUAAUCGAGUGUAAGUUCGCGGUCACCUGCCACAACAGGACAUUACAGCGGCGGAAUCGAAAAGAAGAAUUUAGCUUGACGGGGGAGCAUCAAAGCAGCUGGGCCGGCCUCUUCUCGGUGAGCGAUUUAAAACACAUCCAUCAGCAGCUAAUGUGUGUCAGCGAUGUCUUGGCGCCUUGCUUUCCCGAUUUGUCGGAGUUCGAAGACGGCAGUGUAUGGGAUUUACUUUUCCCGAGUCGGAAGUACGGUUCGGAUGACGAGCGGAGGCUCUCGGACGCACCGUGUCGGAAGCUGGAAAAAUACUUAAGCACCGCCAUCGACGUUUGCGGGAGGACAAUAGUGCUCGAUACGCUAUUCUACCAGGAUGAGCGCGACGUAGAUGACUACUUUGAGAACCUCCAGGAGUUGAAGAGGAAGAGCAUGCACGACGAGAUGUCAAGGGCCAAGGGUCACCUACGACAGCUGCUGCAGAGUCACGGAGGUGCGGACCGGAUGGUCACGCUGCUUGCUAUCUACGCACAAGAGGAUGAGGCCUACCAAGAUCUGCUCACUGAGGCCACUGCCUUCUUUCAGUACCUGCUGCAGCCUUUUAGAGACAUGCGAGAGCUGGCUUGCCUCUACAAAAUGGAGAUCCUGAAGUCCCUGGAGUUUGAUGACUUGGGUCCUAAGAGGAUUGAAGCUCUGGAGGGGGAGGCGGAGGAGUGGAGGGCCAAAGCGGAAGAUGCAGUCGUGUCCAUUCAGGAUAUCACAGUCACCUACUUUGCGCAGACUUCAAAGGCGUUGGCUGGUAUGGUGAAGCAGAUGGAGGAGGAUAAGCAUCGCUUUGGAACCGCUGCCUGGGCUUCUGCAGCUCCCCGACUGGAGAAACUGCGCUUCCUCCUGGCCAAAGAAGCCCUGCAACACAUGAGAUCGACUGAGAUGUGUCUGAACAGCAAGAAAGCCAGCAUCAAAAAAGAGUUUGUCAACUUGUAUGGCAGAGACCAGAGCCAGACAGAUGAUACUGGUUCGGCGCCCGAGCAAGACCAACAGCAGGACACCGUAGACCGGCUGGAGUUGCAGUUCUAUGGAACGCAACUGGAACUGUACAACACCAAGUUUGAGAUCCUGAAAAACGAGGAGCAGCUGCUGGUGACUCAGACCGACACCCUGCGGCGUCAGAUCAAAGAACUGAAGGAGGAGGUGGUCUAUUACGAUGUCUGCGAAGAUCCAGAGGAGCUCCACAGCAUGGUUGACACAGGACUUCAUCACACAGAGCCUCCAGCCAUCCGUCAGCUCAAAAAACGUCUGCAGAACCUGGAAACCAAGAGAGGCAACAUCUGUGCUCGGCGAGCAUACCUGCGCAACAAAAAGGACCAGUGUGUGGAGGCCCAUGAGCAGAAGCAGCUCACAGCCAAGCACAGAUCCAGAGUUUUCGCCCAGCAUCAUCAGGUCCACUUGAAACGAGAGAAGAGGAAGGAGGAGGAGCAGAGGAGGAAGCAGUGGGUGGACCAGGAGCGAGAGAAGACUCUCAACAGAUUAAGAUCCUUCAAAGAGAAGCGACCGGGUCAGUAUGUGCUGAAGUCCCGGAGGUCCCCCACAGAGUCGUCUUGUCCCUCCCAGCCACUUUCCAUCAUCAGCCUCGGCCCGCCUUCCUCCUCUGAUGGGCUUCCCUCCAUCCGCCCGGCACCGAGGCGCAAAACACUUCCGGUGAAAGCGCAGCCUCGAGAUGUUUCAGUCCAAAUCUACCCUUCACCACCACCACCUCUAUCUGGAAAAACCUCGACUGUACCCUCUACACCCCCACCACCACCGCCACUCCCUCCUCCUCUUCGUCCACCACCACCGCCACCAUCAUCAUUCAGCACUUCCCGUGAGGACAAACCAAUGCCGCUCAGUGACCGAGAAGAACCUCCUUUUCCAGCCAAGAACACACUCACACAAAAUAUCGGACCCAUGGAUGAAGUGUUAGCCUCGCUGCAGCGUGGACAGAUCCGGCUUCGAAAGGCCCCCGCGCCCGGGAUACCUCCCCCCUCCGGAGACCAGAGAAGCAGCCUGAUGUCUGCCAUCCGACAAGGGGUCACCUUGAAGAAGGUGGUUCCGGCUCCCUGCGACAUGCUCGGCGGCAGGCAAGACAAUGAGCUGGAGCGCCACAUCAAAGCAGCCAUGAUGAGGAUGAAGAAGGUGUCGGCCGACUCCGACGACGAAGACAAAGGAGACGAAGACGCGCACAGUGGAGACUGGGACAGUUGAGGACAUCCUCACACAUGCAUUCAUAAAUCUACUCUUCCGACACUUUUGCUACUUAAUCGAAUUAAGUUACGGCCAAAUUUUUGUGUGAAACUUUGAUUCAGUCUUUUUUUUUCUGUCAUCCUCUACUGGGUCAUGAAACCCUUUCAGCAAUGUGGCUAAACCAUUUCAAAUUCUCCUAGCCACAAUUAAGUGUCAUUAGCCACAAUAUCUCAUCCAUGUUUCGCUGUUGUCAUGUGACAGGGGAGAGACACGGUCGCCCAGAUAACACACAGCACAUUAGGAAGAUUGUUUUUUUUUUUUUUUUUUUUUUUUUUUUCUUCCCCUCGCCUCUUGAUGACUCACCGCUGGUCGUAGUAACACGAAGGAAGUGGCAAUUGUACCGAAUUGCCACAGCUGAAAGGAGGGCGCUGAGCACAUAUUCCAAAUUCAGGAUGCAUACAACUGCAAUCAUUGUGCAUUGUGCGAUUACGU